CUUUGAAUCACCAAAAGAAUAUCAUGCGCAGCCACAAGAUCAAUCCCCUCCUCAAAUCCCUUUCUUCCUGCUUGAUCAUGAUCCAAUUGCUCGAGACAUGCAUCGGGAAGAAGACUACUCCCCACUGCCCACCUUCUUCCUGCGGCAAUAUUCCUAAUAUUAGCCACCCUUUCAGGCUGAAAAAGGACCAUAAACACUGUGGUAACACAGAUUAUGAACUAGCCUGCGAAGAUAAUACCACUUUCGUACAUUUUGACUCUCAAAAAUACAUUGUCCGGUCAAUCGAUUAUCCAAACCGCACAAUACGCUUAUCUGAUGCUUCUAUAAUAGAGAAUGACAGUUGCUCAUUCCCAACGUACCAUCUAUCUCCAUAUAACCUUAUAAAUAUUACCAGCGGUAGAUAUUCAAUUACACGCAGCGGUAAAUCUUCAUUUUCUCGAGUUAUGAAUUUUCCCAGGCAGUAUCCAUAUGGUUUCAACGAGUCCGUUAUCAAAAAUUUGAUUACCAUGACCUGCCCAUAUCGAGUGAAUAACUCGCUUCUUCUGGAAGUAGCUUCCGAUUGUGGCCACAUGGAUCACAUGUACAUGAAGUCUGGCCAUUUUAAUGGAUCGUGGUUCACGGAUAAUUGUACGAUAGGUCUCAUGGGGAAGACUUCAAAAUUGCCAGUACUACCCAACAGUGAAAACAGUGUUUCGCUUUCAGAAAUCCACAGUUCUCUACUGUAUGGGUUCGAACUUUCAUGGUUCAAUGCGCCUUGUGGUGGCACAUGUGCAGAUUGCUUUGUUGACGGCAAACAAGCCACGUGCAGAAAGGAGAUGUGUGAUGUUGGUUUGAUUGGGGAGAUUCAGUGUGGUGACAUGCCAACAUGGCUCACUGAUGCCUUGUCUUGUAAGAAUUCUUCAGUUCUAUGGCCUUGUAAUAUUUUCCCUUUUGUUGGAGCAAACUGUACCUUUCCUAUCUUCUUCAUCCCAUCUCUUAACUCUGUUUAG